CAAACUAUCAAAAAUUUUGUUUAUCUGCGCAAUACAUGCGUUAAAAUACUGGUAAAAAACUCAAUGCCUGCACAGACUCUCAUCUUCCUGGGAGUUGAGUAAUAUGAGCACAUAGCAUCACACAAAGACGAAUGUACCCUCAUAUGAAGUGACCAUCCGUUUUGCCACAACAAAACUAACAAUUAUUUCAAGCUGAAUGCCAAAAGCAUGUGUGAAUACAAACUUAAAAAAACCCAGGACUAGGAGAAAUAAAUAGGAAGUGGAGCAAGGACAUUGCCUGAAACAGGUCCGAGAAUAUAAAAAUGUGCAAUGUGUGCCUUGUAGCCUUGUAGCAUAUUAACAAUCUGUUGGAAGGAAUGGAAACAAAUGGGUAAAACCUUUCAGCAUAUUUCUACCCCAAGUACAUGCUUGGUUUGUGGGAGUGCUAUUUUAUUUCCAAAUGAAACUAUCAAAAUGAUUGCAAAGUAAACAUAUUUUACAAUCUGUCUCAGACCAGACCAGACCAGACCAGACUUGGGUAGUUAUAAAAAUACAAAGAAACCAGACCAGACCAGCAAAUUACAGUCCAAGUAAAAACAUCAUAAGGCUUACAAGCAUAAAUGACCAGCAUGUUAUCAAGGCAAAUGAAACUAGAUUAAAUAGAAAUUCAAUGGUUAAUGAUUUUAUUUGUCCUUGAGCCUUAAGUUUACCCCUUUAACUAAAGUUUGUCAUGUAAAUUUAUAUUUACUAAUUUAGUGAGACCCAAACUUUGAAAUUUAUAAUAUAUCAAAUUAUAUUAUAAAUUUGAUAUAAUAUAAUUUUGGUCUGAAACUUCUAGACUGAAACUUCUGGUCUGAUCUGGUCUGGUCUAUUUAAGUCUGGUCUGGUUUGAUAUGAUCAUAUAAACGUCUGGUCUCUGUGUAUUUUAUAACGUCCAAGUCUGGUCUAGUCUGUUUAAGUUUGGUCUGAUCUUUUCUGUUUAAGUCCAGUCUGAUUUGUUCUGGUCUAAUAUGGUUUGGUCUGAGACUGAAAAUAAUCAGAAAAUAUCCACAGAUAUAGUCUUCUCAUUUCGAGAAUAUCAGAAUGAUUAACGAUUAAAAUUAGGAGUAUCAGUAUAUCCUUUCAAAAAAAAGGAGUAUUAAUAUAUAAAGGGGUGUUUGGAACUGAUUCUGCUUCUGCUUCUUUUUUAAAAGCUGAAUCAGAAUCAUAAUGAGUUUUCAGAAGCUCCCAGCUUCUAAAAAACUGAUUCUGAGAGUAAAUCAGAGUUCCAGAAGUGGUUCUGGAAUUUCACCCAAACAUUCCAGAUUCUGCUUUUGCUACCAAAAGGAGGAGAAUCAGAUCCAAACACCCCAAAAUGAAAUAAUAGAGAUUGAGAGUACUGGAGAGAACGAUGGAUAGUGGAUUUUGAAAGGGUAGGCGGAUGAGAGAAGGGAGUAGGGGAACCGGCGAUUAAGAUCUAAGUUGGAGAGCGCCGCAGGGAUGUUCUGCCACAGUCGCCGCUGCAUAUCAACCAUGCUCUCGCCGCCGAGAAGCUUCACUUGGAAAUCGAAGACCAUGGAUUGUGCGAUCCAAUCACUGGGAUUCAUCAAUUGGUGCUUGUUAUCUCACAUCGAUGAGGAAAGAACAGGGAAUCAGGGAUCGUUGCUGGAAACAACCGCCGGGAUUCUCAGGUAGGCUAGUCGAGGGGAAUCGACGACGGGCUCUCUCCCAGCCCAAUAAGUGGUCUUGUUGUUGCGUUGAUAGUGGACAGAAAUUUCCGGGCAGCAAAGCGCUUCAGGAGGUUUCCGGUGUGACCGAUGUCACCGGUGGAAAUAUUCUUUUCGGUGAUAUUGUGGCGCCUCUUCAUCGAUCGGGAACGGGGCGUUCUACGGGCAUUAAUUUACACAACUGUAGGGAUGCCGAUAAUUUCUGGGAUACUUGUAUUUCAGCUGAACCUGGAUCUUCUCAAAAGCAAAGGACAAGGCAAAAGUACAGAAUAAGGGGCCGAAAAUUAAAACACCGGGGUUAGAAUCCUUCAGCAAAGGAGGAAUUGAGUCACCCUUAAGUGAAUCACUAUCUGUCAAGAAUUAUUUAGAAG